AUGGCAUGUCGCAGGACCGCUGUCGCUCGCGCUGCUGAACAAUGGUUCUUUACCGAAGCGCAUAUUUUAGAGCCCGAAAUCACCAAAUGGAAGGGCUUGCGCGUAGGUGAGAGCGUCGCAACUUGCUAUCCUGAUGCAGAUGCCUUCCAUCUCCGAGUCUGCGUGGACAUAAUAAUAUGGGGGUUCAGACUCGACGACUUGUUGGACGAGUUUGAUGUUAACGAUACGUUGCAAUUGCGUGAAUGCUGUAUUUCCGUGUGCCAAGAUCCCGUCGACUUCCAGAUGGAAAAAAACCUAUGCAAAUAUGUGCAAAUCCCUAUGCAUACCUCCUUUAGGUUCAUGAGUCGCUUUAGGGAGACCAGCGGUACCCGCUGCACCGAGCGAUUGAUCCGCUCAUUCGACUUGAUACUCACGGCUAUGGUUAAGGAGGUGGAAGACCGUGCCAAGGGAUGUAUCCAUGAUUUUAAGUCUUAUAUCGCCUUGAGGCGGGACACGGUUGGUGGCAAGAUGAUGUUGAUCCUCGUCGAAUACGCAGCUCAGAUAGAUCUUCCCGACGAGGUCAUUUCACAUCCAGUUAUCAUGGCCAUGGAGGAGGCAGUCAUCAAUCAUAUGUCUUGGACCAACUAUAUUUAUUCUUACAACAAGGAGCAAUCUUGCCCCGACACGCAUAAUCUGGUUACCGUGCUCAUGCACGAGAAAAGACUGGACCUGCAAGGUGCCGUCGACUAUGCGGGCCAGCCAUGUAAGAGUGCCAUUCAGCGCUUUGAAGACAACCGAGUGAAUCUCCCCUCGUGGGGGAAAGAGAUUGACAGACAGGUAGCUCUCUACGGGCAAGGACUGCAGAACAUAAUUGUUGGUCCGCUGGAAUGGUACCUCAGUUCCGCCCGCUAUUGCAUGGAAGAUGGUCGGACUGUCAACCGAGACCGAGUCGUCACGCUACUUCCCAAACGGCCAUUGUAG